CUCUCUCGCGGCUCUGCUCCGCGGAUCAGGCCCGAGCGAGUGGGGCUCUAGCACACCGGUGUAUUAUCGGCACCGUUGCGUGUGUGUUUUGGGAUGCGAACCGGCCGCCCGCCCUGGGAUUCCUGCCGCGGCCCGACGACUGAACUCUGACGGCUUCCCCGUGUCGCCAAGCCGAUAACAACCUCGCGAGAAGGGAUCCGAUGAGAAGACCGGAGCGGUGAGCGCCCCGCAGCACCGAGCGCCGCCGCGGUGGGCCUCUUCGAUCCCGUGGCUGCUGCUCCUCCGUCGUCGACCCCACCGAUGCGCGCCGGGCCGGCCUGCCGCUGUGCGCGAUUGAACCGACGCCGGCGGCUCUAAGCAAGACCCGAGCCCCGAGGGGAAACUGUGCGCUAACCCCGGCUUCGCGACGUGACGUGCCUGUUUUGCCUGCGAUUCCCUUUCGUUACAUAUACACGCACAGCCUCGCUGCUGCUUUUCGUUUCCUCGGCCGCCUCCCCACCCCCUCUACUCGGCGUAUCCUCCCCCCCUUCCCUAAUUUUUUUUCCCGCUCGCGUUGGUGUGUGCGGUGCUCGGACGACGACGAUGGCCCGUCGAGAUCGGCCGGCAAGAAGGCCUCCUCGCAAGCCUGCGACGCCGAAACGGCAGCACCACCCCGGCGUUGCGUUCGGGAGCCGCGCGUCGACCCGUGGAGCGGCCACUGCAGCGGCGGCCUCCGGCGGCCUGCCCGAAGGCGCUAACCCUCGUUCCGAGCUCCAGCGCCGCUAAGCCUGUGCGAGCAGCCGUCUGCCGUUGGCCGUCAGCGGUCGCCGCCCGGCGGGACUCGGGCCUCACAGACGACGGCCCUGCGGGCCGACCGCCGCUACCGGGACUCGAGGGGAACCCCCGCUAGCAGAGUGUACGCUUUUAGGCCUGACUGAGAAGAAGGGGGGGAGGAGGCGGCGGCUCUCCGCCGUUUUGUGUUGUUUCUUUCCGCCCCGUCGGAGACCGGUGGCCGCGGGGGCGACGCGCGUGCCCAAGCCUCCCGGCGGCCGCGGUCCUCGCGUCGGCGUGUCCGCCCGGCGGUACCUGCCGCAGAGCACGGCCGGCGGCGCUCAAGCGGUGCGGUGACAUGGCAAGCUGGCGUCGGGCCGGGGACUGACGCGUCCCGCCGACAGCCUCCGCCGCCGGGUCGGGAGCGCCGCGUCGUCGUCGUCGGACGCGACAUCGGCGUCGUCCGUCUCCCGCGGGGUUCCAAGACGCCGCUGGGACGCGGUCCUGUCAUCGCCACCGGCUCGCUGAGCGCAAGCGGUGGCGAGCUGUUUUCGGUGCUGCAGAAACAUGGCUUCGUCGGCAGCCAGGCCUAACAUGGGCGUCGGUUCGAGCGAGCAGCAGCAGUGCUCCGAGCCCGAAGAGGAAGCCAGUCCGACGUCGGCCGCUGGCGCUGAGGGCUCCUCCUCCCAGCAGCAGGACGAACAGCAGCAGCAGCAGCAACAACAACAACAACAGCAGCAGCCGGAGUACGAGACAGGCCACGGUCACUACUUCACCAAGCGGACUUUCCACAAGCCCACGUACUGCCAUCACUGCACCGAUAUGCUCUGGGGACUCAUAGGUCAAGGGUACAUUUGCGAAGUUUGUAAUUUUGUAGUUCACGACAGAUGCCUCAAGACUGUGGUUUCUCCUUGUUCAACUAUUGCAAUCAAUGUAAUCAAAAACCCAGUGCCCCACUGCUGGACGGAAGCAGGUCACCUCAAAAGAAAAUUUUGCAACGUCUGCAGGAAACGAAUCGAAGACAACUGUGCAGUUAGGUGUGAAGUUUGUGAAUACUGUGUGCAUUUGGAGUGCCAAGACUUCAGCGUUGCAGACUGCAAACAAUGUGCUACCUAUGCUCCAAGUAGAAAUAAACCGUCGGUGAUGCAGUUCCACCACUGGCGGGAAGGCAACUUACCCGCCAAUUCCAAGUGCCAGCUGUGUAAGAAGACCUGCUGGUCGGCCGAGUGUCUGGCCGGUAUGCGCUGUGAGUGGUGUGGCGUUACGGCGCACGCCACGUGCUACCGGACCCUGUCCCAGGAGUGCAACUUCGGCGUCCUGGAGAGCAUCAUGCUUCCUCCGGCGGCCGUCAGCAUUCCGCGCACGGACGUUCCCUUGGAAACCAUCAUCGGAGUGGAGAUGCGCAGGAGAGAGACACUAGCGCGGGCCACUUACCCCAGCAUAGCAAGAAGCAUAUCGGAGGAAUUCUCAUCGACAGGGGACCUCAAAAGCAAAGAAUUUGAUGAUUAUCCGUCACCAAAAGAAAAAGAUAAAGAUGAAGAAAUAAUCAAAGUAUACGACGGUAACGCCUCAAUGAAGAGAAGGAUGUUCAGGACAAUCACUGUAUCACGCAAUGCAACUAGGGAACAAAUCAUCGGUGCUGCAUUGCGAGCAUUCCAUAUAUCUGGAGAUCCAAAGCACUACUACAUAACCGAUGUGUAUGACCAAAACGAGAAAGAACUGGGCGACUUCAUGCCGGUGCAAAGCCUGACUCGGAGGGAAGGGAAGCGGCCUGCCAUUUUCCUCAGGUAUCGACCUCCCAACCCGGACCAGGGAUACGUCAAGGUCUUCCCCGGAAAGCUCAGGUCUGCGGACAUUUACCGCGUGAUUCAAGUGACAAGUGACACGAGUGUAGAAGAAAUUAUGAUCCAGGCGCUCGAAAAAUUCGGGCUGGACUCUUCGGACAUCAACAAGUUUAGGCUAUCCGAAGUCACGCUAGACAAAGGAUCUGUUCAUGAAAGAGUGAUGGACAAUCAAGAAGGUCCUUGGGUGUUGCUUAAAAAUAUUGCCAGAGAGUCGAUACGACAGAAAGACCUGACCAGGUUCUACCUCCAGCAAAAAGAGGACUGCUACAGCUCUAGUGUUGCCCUUUUCGUUGGAAACCUUCCUCCAAAUUUAUCCCAGAGGCAGUAUGAGAAAAUUUUAGUAGACCUUUUAGGAAAACCUUAUAAAUUCAAGCAAAUAGGUCCAAUAUACUAUGAGUACGGUUCCCUGAUCAUCACCUACGACAAUGCUGACAUAGCAGUGAAGGCUUUUUACAUGCUGAGGGAGUCGAGCUUCGAAGACAAAAACCUUCUUGUCCUACUCCUGCCCAACACCAUCCCAGAAAUGAUCCCCGAAGGUGUCAGGCCGUUACUGGUAUUCGUGAACGUGAAGAGUGGAGGAUGCCAGGGCCUGGAACUGAUCACAUCCUUUCGUAAAAUGCUGAACCCUUACCAAGUGUACGACUUGGAGAAUAGUGGACCGUUACCUGGGCUGUACGUGUUUCGACACGUGCGCGACUACAAGAUCUUGGUGUGCGGCGGCGACGGCACCGUCGGCUGGGUGCUCCAGUGCCUGGACAACGUUGGCCAGGACUCCGAGUGCCAGUCCCCGCCGUGCGCCAUCGUGCCCCUGGGCACGGGCAAUGACCUGGCGCGCGUACUGCGCUGGGGACCCGGCUACACUGGUGGCGAGGACCCCCUCACUCUGCUCAAGGACGUCAUCGACGCCGAGGAGAUUCGCCUGGACAGGUGGACGGUGGUCUUCCACUCGGAUGAAAAGCCGGAGGAGAAGCCUGGCUCACUCACCAACAGCUCGGGGUCCACCUCGGAGGACAACACGGCCAUAUUCGUCAUGAACAAUUACUUUGGCAUAGGCAUCGACGCAGACCUUUGCCUCGACUUCCACAACGCCCGAGAAGAGAACCCAAACAAGUUCAACAGCAGACUUCACAACAAGGGCGUGUACGUGAAGAUGGGUCUCCGCAAAAUGGUGAGCAGGAAGACCUGGAAGGAUCUGCACAAAGAAAUCCGUCUUGAAGUGGACGGCAAAGUGGUCGACCUGCCCCCUGUAGAGGGUAUCAUUAUUCUCAACAUUCUCAGUUGGGGUUCCGGUGCUAACCCCUGGGGGCCCGAGAAGGAGGACAUGUUCUCGAAACCGACGCACUACGACGGUAUGCUCGAGAUCGUCGGCGUCACGGGGGUCGUCCACAUGGGCCAGAUUCAGAGCGGGCUGCGCAGCGCCAUCCGCAUCGCGCAGGGGGGACACUUGCGGAUACGGCUAAACACAGAAAUGCCCGUUCAAGUUGACGGCGAGCCUUGGAUCCAGGGGCCUGGCGAAGUCGUCGUGCUCCGAUCGGCCUUGAAGGCCACGAUGCUCAAGAAGAGCAAGAGCAAGAUCAGGCGCCGCAACACAGAGCCGACCAUGGUUCUGGCAAGCCUGGAAGGCCCGCCGCAGCCGCCUCCGACAACCAGCACGAGCCACACCAUGGGGCCCUUCUGAGGGGGGGGGGGAGUCUCUCUCAAUGUCUUCGUGGGACUCUUUCAGCCAGGACAGCUAAAUUUGCAGUGCGAGCGCGCCUUCGACGAAUCUUCUUUGUGCGUGCUGACGUUGCGGCAGUGACGGACCGCUAGCAUGGUGUUGGGGAGGGGGCACCCCUACGUCCUCGGGGGCCGCCUUCGCGACGCUGGCUUCCCCCGCUUUUGUCUCUCUCCAGUUUCGCUACACAGUGGGAUUCAGGGCAGUGCGACACACUGUUCCGCCGCGCAGGUCACCUCUCGUGUGAGCUCCCGCUUGGUUCCCGCAGCAGAAGUUCGUCGCUGACGGCUGUCUGUAGCAAUGCGCGAUGUGGAACUGAACAAGUGGAUAUCAGGGCGCUACAUGUGAAAACAAUUUGUAGUCACUCAUGUAGAAGAUGCUGUGGUCAGGGCUUAGUGACCUGUUCCGUCAGGACCCUGCUCGCUAUCAGACUCGCAAGUUCAGUCGGACGCCACUCUACAGGCUAAAUGCUUCGACGCAUCUCUUUGGAAUUGCUUACAGCACGUAGAGAGCUGGUGGUGGUUCUGUCAUCACCUUAGCUCAGCUUGUCACACUAUGCAAGUGCUUUAAGAUCUUGUGCUCACUCGCAGUAGCAAAGGACAAAACACAUGAGGACACAGUAGCUGAUCCAGACGUGCGCAUAAAAUAAUCUAAAGAAUACCCUGUGCUUUGGCGACCCUACACUUGCAAAAGUGAGGCACAAAGCUUGAGACCAAUGCUGCUGGUUAACCCAUCACAAUUAAAAAAAAAAGCAAAAGAAAGGAAAGCUUUCCUUCAGAACCCAGCUGUUUAUGUGCAACCGGACGUCAGCCGGCUGGAGUAGGCUGGAACGCCGCCGAUUCUGCUGAAGCUCCGAAGCUUAUUGUAUUUUUUGGCCCGUAGCCCAUCGCAGCUAUUGCGUCGCAUGCUCCGUACUAGUGUUCGAUGAAUGCUAAUCACAUUCUCUCAUUUGGUUCUUCGUGUCUCACAAGCGGAUAGCCAGCGUCUUCGCGACUGUGCUCGUAUCAUCUAAUGUUUCCUUCGUGUCUUGUCGUAUUAGUGUGUACCUCGUGGAAGUGCUGUAGAGGUCUUUGUGGCCUGAAUUCCUCGCUUCCUUUUAUUUUCUCUCUCUCUCUUUUCAACAUGAUGCGUACUGUGCCGUUCCUCUACGUCUUGCCUGGCUGAAGUACUGGGUUGAGUGGGUGAUGGGGAUCGAGCCUCGCUCGGCCUAUACACAGACGCCACUGCAGGCAAGACGUGUCUUGUGGCGCUUCCUGUUCCCUUCAAGCAUACGAGACGGCUUCCUUCUGCACCAUUAUUCUCGGUCUUUAAACUCAACCAUAUCCGAGUCAUUCCAGCCUUUGGAUGCGUACAAACUGAGAGAAAGGAUAUACCUACACCGUUCUACUUUCGCUUCGAUGUGGUUUGUUGGUCGUUCAGUGGCAUUCCGUGGGCCCGAGCGUCGAGAGGGCUCACAAAGUUACAGCACUUGCUUUUGUAGGCUAUAUACAUAUAUCCAUCUCUACAACGUGUAAAUACGGUAGCCGUUAUUACGAGGCUUUAUCCUUCAGUUCACAAUAAGUAAGCGACCGUAGCUCUAAAUAAACGUGGGCAGGGGUUUCAUUCCUUGAGGUGUAGUUGCGAAGUUUUCUAUAGAGCACGUGUUCGUACACCCUGUACCUUUCCGCAGGCUAUUCUCAAUCUAGGCAACUAGGGAAACACCCACUUUUAGCAGAAAUGUAUAUAACUAUAGACGUGUAUAACUCAAGAGCUGGUGUUGUGAUGGAAAACGUGUAACAGGCGCGCCCCUCAUUGGAAGCUAGUACCGCAUCUGGAAGGCUAUAGGUGGGCAGUUGAGCCUCGAAUUCCAGCGCAUAGUCAGCCGUCAUGACGCGUAGCCUUGUGCUUUCAGCAGUGGAACAGUACCCGAUGCACCGUUCUCGUAAAGGACACUCAUCAAGGUGUACAUUAUAACCGUGCACGGCUUUGAGAGGAACAUGUUGCACAAACGUUUUUGAUAUGCAAUACAGAAAUGCAUUUGUUUGCAGAGAGUUACCGAAGGGUUAAAAAAAAAAAAACAUGGCGUUGAGGGCAGCCCUGUUUGCACCUAUUAUACAGAACCGCCGGGAUAUUUUGGUUAGACGGCGUGUAGUAGGCUGUUUUCUAGAACGGCGCACAGUGUUGUUUUGCCGUGCUUAAAACGUUGAUGCUGAAAACUUCUUUCUCGUUCAGCUGGAAGUAUAUCUCGUGGAGAUAUUGUUUCUCAAGAACUGAUUACUAGACGUCUGUGUGUAGCUUGUCAAUGUAGGCACUCAAGGUUGCACUCAUGUACAGCCAGUCGCAAAGAGUUUGGUACUGCAUUUGCGUCUUUGAGAGGGCGAAAUAUUGCAACACGCAUGCAACACUAUAAAUUUAAAUCAAAAUUAUAUAGGGGAAAAAAGAAAAGAGAAUAAA